UUUCACUGUAACAUUUCCCAAUUGAUAUAUUUUUUCCAAUUGAAAUUGGAAAAAAAAAUAUUAUACUUUAUUUCUCUACACACUUCACUUAUUUACUCUCUUUAUUCUUUAACAAGGAAUCCCUCAUUUUUUAUUUAUUAUCACUCACACCACACUAAUUCUACAUUAUCCCUUCUUUUCUCCUCCUCCUUUUCAUCCCAUUUAUCAGUUCACAUAAAACACACACACACACACACAAAAAUCUUGAAAAAAAUGACUGACAGAGUUUACCCAUCUACCAAGCAAAACGGCACCGCCGCCCAUCCCACCCCCGCCGCCGCCGCGGCGGCCGCGCCAAUCGCGGCAAACCCUAACUCAAACAAAGCCCACCUCUACAACCCCACGCGCCACCCCUACCGUCCAACUCCCACCUCCCGCCACCGCCGCAAGGACAGAAGUUUCAGCUGCCGCCGCUGCUGCUGCCUCAGCUGCUUCUGGUCCUUCCUCAUCCUAAUCGCGAUUCUCCUACUCGCCGCCAUUGUCGCCGCCGCCUUCUACGCGCUGUACCACCCCCACCGCCCCCUGUUCUCCGUCGCCUCCCUAAAAAUCUCGACUUUCAACAUCACCACCACACCCUCCGACGACUCCACCCACAUCACCACCAAAAUCAACGUCACCCUCUCCACGAAAAACCCCAACAAAAAGAUCUCCUUCAUCUACGAUCAGAUCUCCAUCGCCGUACUAUCGAACUCCGUGAAAUUAUCCAACGGCUCUUUCGCGAAUUUCGUCAGCUCUCCAGAAAACAUUACCGUAAUUCACGCUGCCAUGGGACUGAACUCACAGCUGUUAGAUGCCGAUUCAGUGAACUCACUGAAGUCGGAUCUGAAGAAGAGAAACGGGUUGCCCCUGGAAAUUGUUUUGGAUACCAUGGUAGGGGUAAAAAUGGAAAAGAUGAAGAUGAAGAAGAUUGGGAUCAGAGUGAUAUGUGACGGAAUUCAUGGGGCGGUGCCCAAGGGCAAAAUUGUCACUCCGGCGGCGGCCGUCACUUCCAACGCCAAGUGUAAGGUUGAUCUCAGAAUCAAGAUCUUGAAAUGGACAUUUUGAUUUACUUUUUUUUUUUUUUUUAAUUCCUGUAAUUGAUUUGUAUUUUUUUUUAUUUAUAAUUAAUUCUAUGAAAUUAUACUACUUUUAUUUACAUUUUGCCAUCACUCUUUUGUACAUUUACAAUUUGAAGAAAUUUGAGGGUUUAUUUGGA